AUGACCAUCGACGCCGCCGCUUACCCGCACAUCUUGGAUGCCAUCAUCUCCCACGCUGUCCCGAGCGCCCUCAUCGCCCUGCGUGCAGGCAGCACAUCACUUCGGGACCGGGUAGACGCCAUCUUCUUCGAACAUAUCGGUGUGCACUACCAGGACAGCGCAGCGCACCUCCGCGCCGUCGACGGCUCACGUCUCCCCAGCCUUCCCAUCCCCAACCCAGCCUCCUGGUCACCAGAGACCAAAGUCGCGCUCGCCCGCUUCGCGCAGCAGGCGGUACACGUCCGUGCUGUGGACCUAUACGCGCCCAUACCAGCCCUAAUCUCUCUUCUCCACCCCGAGGUCGUGCGGCGGCGCGGCCCGCGUGCUCAUCUCAUAGGAUGUCAGCUCAAGGCGGCCACAUACGUUGACAGUAUGCGGGGCGAGAAAAGCGCGAGAGCCAUCCACGACGCCUUCAACACCGGCGGCCUACCUCGUGAUCAGGAGCGGAGCGUGAUAACCCUGCAGUGGGUAUGGGGGGACCGCCUGAUGUUCCCGAUACCAAAGGCGCGCGACGUCAUCUUUGUGCUCGAACCGACCAUCCAACGCCGCAAUAGGUAUCCUGAUAUUGGGAGUGUCGAAAAUCUCGCGACCGGGUCAGAGCGCGUGACCUUCGUCCAGUGGGUGGGGGCGGAACAAAUGCCUACAUCCCGUCGCGAUAGGUGGAUUGGCCCAUCCCCUACAUUAUGGCAAAUGUUCCGCAGACAUCUGGAGGACAAGAUGGGUCAGACGAGUGUAGAAGGAGCCCGCGCGGCGGAGGUGCGCUUCAUCAGCCACGAGGAGUGGGCGGCGGAGGCUGGCAAGUACGUCAUUGCGUAG